GUCGCGUUUCGUUCCGUUCAGUUCAGUCGGUCCGAAAAAAAAGUUUUUCCAUUCGAAUUCAAGCGCCGUUCCAAUCGGUUGCCCGUCGCAGUCGCAGCAGAAGCAGGGUGAACUAGCCGUAGAAGCAGCCCCAGCUAAUUCCGUUUAGGCUGCCCUCCGCAGCCUCAUUCAGUGACGGCCUUUUCUUAUUGAUUCACGACUGAUUUUUGUGCGUUUUAUUUUUCUGUUGUGUUCUGUGCUGGAAGAAGAUUACGGUGCGGGUGAUAAAACGAGUCAGAGCCCCAGAGAUUAGAACCAUCAUCCAGCGUUGAAGGUCUUUUUGAUAUUGAUAUUUUUGUGUGAGUGUUCGUAAUAAUACAAUCGACCUGCUCUGGGUGUUCCGUCGUUCGGAGGAGGAGGAUUGCGUAGAAGGAACGAAAAUCUUGUGUGUUUCGGAUGGUGAAGAAGUUGUGACGUUUGUCGUGUUGUCAAAAAAGAUACGAAGGUUUUUUUUAUCAAACGGAGUGGAAUAUUUUGCCUUCUGUAUGCUGAUGAGAGAGAGAAAUCCGAUAUUGUACGGUCACAGCUGAUCUGAGCCAGAAAGUGCUCUCCAACAAUUUGCUCAUCAUUCCUACUGAAGGAGGUGAAAGUAAGAAAGAAGACUAGAAACUCAUCAACGGGCUCAAAAUGUAAACUGUGCGAAAGAAGAAACCCGAAAAUUGGAUCGCAGUUCGAGAAGAGAUUGUGCAAAAACGUCGAAGAAGACGUCGACGACGGUCGGGUCGGGACGGUAAGAAGUGUCAGUGCACUGCCCGUCAGUGGAAGGAAGAUUGAAGUGAAAAGUUUGCGCCGAGUGUUGAAGUUUUUGCCAGAAGAUUUCCAAGAAUGUCCCAGCCGAACCACUUUCAACCAUGGAAACAGAAUCGGCCCCUGGGAAUUCCACCGAAUUUGGGGGGUAAUAAUAGCUAUGGAAAAUUACCGGCUGUGGCCCAUCAGAAUCCUCCCCAGACGACGGCUGCCAGCAUGCAUCACCUUCACCACCAACAACAGCAGCAGCAGCAUCACCAACAGGCCAUGAUGAUGGGUGGCCAUCCCCAGCAGCAACCGCCCCAAGGAUCAGGCCUCGUAAUCCAAAGUGCACCGGCAUCGUCGUCUACGUCGGUCAUUUCAUCCUCAACGGGACCGAUGCCUGGUUCCUCCGGAAACCCGUCCCCCGGAGGAGGAAUGGGUGAAUUCCUGGCUCAGCUGGGUGCCAACAAACUAAUGUUAAGUAAAUUGAGUGCCAGCUAUGGGCUGGGGAACCUUCCGAUGGGGAUGCCCCCGUUAGAUCAACACCAGGCUCUGCAGAACCAGCAACAGCAGCAGCAACUGUCCCCGCUGGACGAUUGCGCCUCGGACAAAGAACGAGAGGUCCGAAUACAGCAAAUUUUCGAAAGUGCUAUCGGUGAUACCUCCAAAAAACAAAUCGUUGAGAUUCUGGAGAAGAUUUCAAUUCUUCGACCACCUGAAAGACUACUUUUGUACCUGCGUAUGCCUGGCGGCUAUCCUGAGACAGAUCCCCUGCGUCAGUCCCAGAACCCGCUGGGUACCCGUUCCGAGAUUAAUCACACCAUCAACUGGGUUCGCUCACACCUGGAACACGACCCGAACGUGUCCAUACCGAAGCAGGAGGUGUACGAUGACUACACCGCAUUCUGCGAGCGAAUCGACAUCAAACCCCUAUCGACGGCAGAUUUCGGCAAGGUGAUGAAACAAGUAUUCCCCGGGAUCCGGCCGCGCCGAUUGGGGACCCGUGGCCAUUCGCGCUACUGUUACGCGGCCAUGCGUAAAGCCACCAAACUGGCCGCUCCCAAGUUGCCCGAUCUCAGCACUAGCAGCAGCAGCGGCGGCGGUGGCGGCGGUACCGGUGGCGAGAAAAAAUCCGAUCCGGAGGAUCAAGUGCCAACCGACGAGGAAGCGUGGAAGGUGAUCAAACUGUGGGCCGAAGCCAUGCUCCCGGAGGCGUUCGGAUCGAUCAACGAGCUGGCCGGGUUCAUCACCAAGCACAAUCUCAACUCGCCGGCCAGCAUCGCCAGCCGGCAGUUACUGCAGAAGAAACUCCUACAGCGCGAGAUUAAGGAGCGGAAGAAGCUGACGGCGGCCGCUCUCAAAAAACGCCGACGAAAACGUCGCAAAACCCUGUCGACCAGCUUGGAUUCCGAGGUCUCUGCUGCUCCUCCUCCGGCAGCACCAGCAUCAUCCGUGGCAUCUUCCUGCGAGGCCAACGCACAGCUAUCCCUCAAAGCGACGCCCGACGCCGCGACUUCAUCUGCUGCUUCCGUCCUCCAGCAGGUGGUUAAACUGGAACGACCGGAUUACACCGACGAGGACAACAACAACACCGCAACGCCGUUGUCGGCUGCCGUCAGCAUGAAACAGCAGCACCAGCAGCUAAGUACAAAUCUCAACUGUGAUACUAGUAACAGCAACAACAACAACAACAACAACAAUGCCCUCGCGGCAGCAUCAGCCGUACUGGCUGCCGGACGCCAGAUGCGAAGCCCAGCCGAGGAAUACAUCCUCUGUAAGAAGGUCCGCCAAGCUCAACAACUGAAGGCCGCCGCCCAAAGUCAACAGUCCGGAGGAGCGAUGCUUUCGCAGCAUCACCACCAGCAGCAGCAUCAGCCGCACAUGCCCAAUCCACUGCGGACGCCCAGUGCAGCGGCCAAACGAGCAGCCUCCUUUGCGCAUUUAGCUCGCCAAAAGCGGCUACGGCUGCUCCAACAGCAACAGCAGCGGUCGAUCGAGGCACAGAACAACAGCGGCCCCAGUUACGAUGAAAUGGGAAAUUUGAUAUUGAUCGAGUCGCAGGAUUUGGUCACGAGCAGCAGCAAGGAAGACUUUAUCAUUCCUCGGGAACGGGUCAUUAGCAUUUGCAACAUGGACAAGAACGCGCUGGAUGAUUACUUGCAAUGCGAUGAGGACAACUCGCAGGAUCAAGAUCAGGAGCUGCUGAAGUAUUUUCCGGAGGAAAAUCAGGUAGAUGAUGGCGGAGGGAGUGGCUCCGGGAUAAUAUCGGGUACAUCACUCGAACCUGGUAGUUUGGGAAUGCUUGAGGACCAUGAUACAAACUUCAAGCUCUCGCAACUUCGAAGCAUGCUGGAGCAGAAUAUGAAUCAGGGAGGUGGAAUGGACAAGCCGCAGGUAGGUGGCCAGUUGGACGGGUUCGAUGGAAGCGGGCAGCAGUUGAACCUUCAACCGGGAUCGGCUUCGGCUUCGCUGGCAAUGUUAUCCCAGCGCCAUCAUGGCAGCACCGUAAGUAGUCUAGAUAGUAGUAAUACGUGUAAUAGUACUGAUACGAAGAAGAAUUUGAGUGCCGCCAAUAUGAAGUUGGCCCUUGAGGGAUGUCUUAAUAGUUUAGGAAAUGGAUCGGCCAACAUUAAUGCUGUUAACAAUGGAACUCCUCUGCAAAGCCCCAACGGACGUCGGAAAAACUACGUCGACUUUGUUCCCAUCUCGGCAGGUCCCCAGUCACCACGAGUUCCGUUGGCCAAGUCGUCGUCCCAUCAGAACAAUACUACACCCAAUGCUAGUCCAUUCGUAAGUCCAAGAAAUACGCCGAUACACCGGAAAAGCGGUAAACCUUCCAACAACAAUGGGCUUACGUUGAAUAUUCUGCCGCAGAAUCAAUCACAUCCCGGGUAUCAUCCGCGUCCGGGCUUCGUGAAGAACGAAUUGUCCGCUUCCGCACCCCCUAGCCCAUCCAUAGUGCAAAACUAUCGCUUCGGAAUGAAUCCCAAUGUUAUGAACUGUCAGAACUCAAUUCCUUCUUUUCAACCAAUUUGUUUGCCUUCUUCGCAAAUGCAGUCCCAUCAAACCAUGCCCGGAUCGCUUGAAUCGCGUUCCAGCAGCGUACCGUUGAUCGCCAACUACGACGCGUACAAUCAUUCCAAUUACACUUCCGUGUCGCAAACUCCGGUACCUUCCGAGUGUGACGAUUUCUCCGACCCGAACAACAUUCUGGACAUGCUCAACGAACCUCCCUCGUCGACGGCCAACAACAUCCAGCAACAGUCCAUCAAGCUCGAAGAAUCCGAACCGAUGAUAUCCCACCUUCUGGACCAGGACGAUAUGUUCCCGAAAGCUUCCGUUCCUUUCAGCAGCCUGUCACGAUCCGUCCCAUCAACUCCGCUUCCGCAUCAAAUGUCCUUCAAUCAUAGCCAUCAUCAAUCCAUGGGAGCCGGCUCGUUCGGGACGAGCUCCACCUCGAAAGCUUUGUUCGAGCUUCCCAAAUCGGUUCCAUCCACUCCCAUCUCACUGAACAAUAACCGAGAAUCACUCUUCCAAUACAGCCCCGAAACGUCCCGUGAUUACCUGAUCAACGGCAAUUCGGUCGAUCGCACCAGCAAACUCGGUGGUCCCUCCUUCUAUUCCAAUCAGGGCGGGUCCGGUACCGGCACCGGUGCUCCGGUCAACACCGGGGCCAGCGGCGCUUCUGGUGGCCCCACGGGAACUGCCGCCAACGGAACAACAGCUGCCUCCUCCGCCGUCGUCGUCGUCCCAACGUCGUCCGGCUCGGGAUCAGAAAUGUCCAUCCUGGCCGACGGAAUCGAAAGCCUUACCGAUGCACUCAUCGGAUCCGACACCCUGCGCUAUCUGUAGAUACAGAAGAAAGUCACAACACACUCACUCACUCACUCACUCUCGUUCUAACGUCGUUUCAACAACGCAACGAUAGAGACACAUUCGCCACCAGUCAUCCCAUCCAACCAUCCAAUUCAUUCAUUUCAUAUCGUUCGCUUAGCGGUGCGGUGGCGUGUGCAAUGGGAAUCGGGGAGGUAGGUAUUUAUACUAGACUCGAGCUUCCGAAGAAAGAUUGAAACUGCGCUUUCCGAAUGGGGGAUGCAUGCACUUCGGUUUCGGUGACGCAGUUUAGUCUCUACUAGCCCGUGGUGUGGGAGAGGGCGAGAAGGGGGAAAGCAACUUUGUAGCUACUUUGUAACGGGCGGGUAGACAACACUUAUAGUUUAUUAGUAAUUUAUUCUCCACGUGCCGUCGUCGUCGCUGCUCGCCGGUAGUUGAGUCGCGCUGCUGUGCAAUAAGGGAUGCUGGGGCACGAUAUUUCCAAUUGCAGAAUUUGUUAGAUGUCAGCGAAUGUUUACAAUACUUCUGAGUACAAAAUAGUAACCCAAAGUUCUUCACAGUUUAACCUUUGAAUAUUUGUUAUUUGAAUGUUGAAAAAUCACUUUAAAUUUUCGGCUUCAGGGUCCAAAUCGGCCAACCGACUUCAGGAUCCAAAUAAUAUAAAUUAGAAAAUCAUGAAUUUUUAUCUAUCUCCCGAUGUUUUAUUUAAAGUAGUUUUAACUUCUGUCACCUACUUAAAAAUUUCUUCUGUCCGAUAUUUUUUUAGAUUUUCUUCCAGAAGAAUUUCUUGUAGAAAUAACUCUUACUAGUUUAGCAGAAACUCCUCCUGGUAUUCAUCCAAAGAUUAUAUCUGAAAUUCCUCCAUUUGUUCAGGAACUCAUUCACGUAUUCCUUUAGAUUUUAUUUCCAUGAAUUCCAUCAGGAAUACUUCGUGGAUACUCCUAGGGAUUCUUCCAUGAAUUCCUCUUGAAACUUCUCAAGUUUUUUUUUAUAAUUUCUCCAUGGAUUUCUCCUGGAGUUCAUCCGAGUGUUCUUCUAGAGAUUCCAAAAGUUCCAUCAGGGACUCGUCCGGAAAUUUUUACAGAGAUUCCUGCUGUAAUUUCUCCGGGCGUGCACCCAGAUAUUUCUUAUGAAAUAUCUCUAGAAAUCGUUCCAGGAAUUUCCCCAGGAAUUUUUCAUUCGGACUUCCUUUAGCAUUUCACUAGAAAUUUCCCAAGAGAUUUUUUGUUGGAAUUCCUCAAUCGAUUUCUUUAAGAGUUUAUUAAGAUAGUAUCUCCAGAGAUAUUUAGAUUUUUUUUUUGCCAGAAAAUAAUAGAGGAACGCUUCCUAAUGAUUCCUCUAUAAAUUUUACAA